AUGGCCUACUUCCAGGACUCCAGCACACUGGAUCCGCCCGGGCCGGCGCUCCUGGAUAAACUGGCUUACCUACAAUUCGGAGCCAAUGCUCCCUUGAUAAAGACUUGGGUAAGCGCUGACUCAGGCAGUGCCAUCUCAAUAAUAAAUAACCCAAGAUCAGUGAACCAGCGGAAGCGAGGGAAAGUCAACAGCUGGACGGGGCGGGCUUCCGCCUUGACCCCAAAAUGGCUCCGAGUGGGGGAGGACCCGCUAGCCACCCGCUCCGCGCAGAUAAUGGCCGGUGUGUGUAUAAUAGUGUAUACGGCGGCCAUUAUGGAGGGAGGACUAAACGCGUGCAGCGAAAGAUGUAAUGACAGAGGUGGGCUACUUCCGCCAGGGCGACCCACAUUUUUCCGCCUUUCACCGAUAACAGUCUUCCCGACUCCUCUCGUUGGCCGAGGACUAACUCAUCAGUUCCCUGUUUGCCAAUCCACAGACCGCAGGAACCAAAAUGGCAAACUGGCGAGGGAGGCUAAUAGGGUCGGCGAAUGAGAUCG